CAAAAAACUCCUCUCCCCACCCACAAAAUCCCACACCCACACACACUCUCUUUCUCUCCGGCUCUCCCUCCCCCCCCAUGCUCCUCCUCUUCUGCCCACCCUUUUCAAUUUUUCAUCACUCCAAGAACUUCCCGAUCAAAAAUCUGAGGGAAAAUUAGACAGAACCCCAAGUGAAAACUAUGGCCAGAAGCUCCGAUAAUCCGUCGUUAGUUCAGAGAACCCACCACAAUCAACAAAAUGACGACCUAUCACAACCCGUUCUCGAACCGCAAACCAAUCACACUUCCUCCGCCAACCCGAUUCGCUACGUGCUCCGCGAGCAGCGCUUUAUCUUCGUCCUCAUCGGCGUCGCCAUCGCCGUUUUCUUCUUCACCACCUUCCCGGUACCGAACCCACAAUUACAGUCCGCACAGAACUCAGGUUUUGAAUCCGGGUCGAGUUUUGCUGGGCAGGGUAGUGAUCUGCCGGCCAACCCGACCCGGAGAGUGCUGUUGGAGACGCGGAAUGUGGGCGGGAAGGUGCCGCUGGGGGUGAAGAAGAAGAACAUGAGGAUUGUUGUGACGGGUGGGGCCGGGUUCGUGGGGAGCCACCUCGUGGACCGUCUGAUCGCGAGAGGGGACAGCGUGAUCGUGCUUGAUAAUUUUUUCACUGGGAGGAAGGAGAAUUUGGUGCACCACUUCGGGAACCCGAAGUUCGAGCUGAUUCGACACGACGUCGUUGAGCCGAUUCUGCUGGAGGUUGACCAGAUCUACCACCUCGCUUGCCCGGCAUCCCCUGUGCAUUACAAGUUCAAUCCGGUCAAGACAAUUAAGACAAAUGUGGUGGGAACACUGAACAUGCUUGGACUGGCAAAAAGGGUUGGCGCACGCUUCUUGCUUACAAGCACCAGCGAGGUUUACGGUGACCCUUUGCAGCACCCUCAGGUCGAGUCCUACUGGGGCAAUGUCAACCCCAUCGGUGUAAGGAGCUGCUACGAUGAGGGAAAACGCACAGCAGAGACUCUGACCAUGGACUACCAUAGAGGCCUUGGCAUUGAGGUGAGGAUUGCUCGGAUUUUCAAUACUUAUGGACCGCGUAUGUGCAUUGACGAUGGCCGGGUUGUCAGCAAUUUCGUAGCUCAGGCAUUAAGGAAGGAGCCACUGACAGUUUAUGGAGAUGGCAAGCAAACCAGAAGUUUCCAAUACGUUUCUGACUUGGUCGAGGGUCUAAUGCGGCUGAUGGAAGGAAAUCAUGUGGGACCUUUCAACCUUGGCAACCCUGGCGAAUUCACCAUGCUAGAACUUGCUCAGGUUGUGCAAGACACAAUAGAUCCAAAUGCAAAGAUAGAGUUCAGGCCCAACACAGAGGACGACCCACACAAGAGGAAGCCGGAUAUUUCGAAGGCGAAAGAGCUUCUGGGGUGGGAGCCCACCGUGUCCCUCCGCAAGGGGCUGCCGCUCAUGGUUAACGACUUUCGGCAGCGUAUUUUUGGUGACUCCAAGGGCAAUGAUGCGGGCUCCGCUAUGUAAUGUUUUUGCAUGAGAUUUUUUUACGUAUGUUUGAGGAAAAAAAAGAAAAACAAAAUAAAGAAGAUAUAGAUGUGGAAAAUAAAGUUAGAAUAAAAUUCAGUUUCUGAUCAAUUAUAUGUAUAUGUACCUGGUGUUUAUUGGUUAAUUACUCUUUAAGGAUCAGUUUUUAUA